AUAUGUUCAGCACAAACUAGGCCCUUUGAGAAAAAAGUCAGUCAAAUAGGUCCAUACAAUUAGUCCUGCCCUACCGGUAAUGCAUCUGGCAACGUCGGUUCUCCCCGAUACCUAACUCAAGUAGAUUUGGCACCGUGGGCGUGGUAGUGGGGCCAAAGCAUAUAAAACACUAUACUAUUGCUCGGCAGAAAUACUUGUAACUCCAUAACAGAACAGUCAUUACGGUCGGUGCACGAGGCCAGCAGCCGCCGCGGCCCAUAGAAAUGAAGUCAGUUAUAGAAAAGUACUAUGCGAGGUCAGAGGAAGAUGAGACCAGGUGGAGAGUAUCUUAUACCUAUAAAUAAUUAUGACGUAUCCAAAAGAUUCCAGGAAACGAAAAAUAUUUAUAAGAAGAAGUGGACCCACGGACUACAGUGAUCGAUUACUCAUAAAGAUGAUGCAGUUAUGAAAAUUUGAGGUCAUAGCAUUUUAGCUAAUAUAUGCUUCCGAAGUAGAUAUCAAUUUGCUUAUUUUAAAUUGAACAUCCUGUAUGUUAUUCAAUUCUGAUUCACGCGGGUGUUUGUCAGGGAUCGGUCUUGGCUCUGUCGUUCCUCUGUACUGUACAGUCAAUCCAAUCCACAGCUUUGCC